GCUGCUCCGGAUGAUCCCGGUACUGCACCGACACGCUGAGUAGUAACUCGUCGCUGUUGUAGCUCAUCGACAAUCGGAGGUACAGACCCCCUGAUCUCUGUAAGAACAGGAUCAACGAUGUGUUUCAUCCGCUGAUUAUCCGUCGACCAUUUUACACUUUCAUCCCGACAGCAGCUCCUGAACACAACACCGACAUCUUGGUUCAAAAUCAUCCUUCUGCCCCCCCCUCCUUCCCCCUGAGUCUGGUCAUCUUUGAGGCUUUCCCCGGCGACAUCAUCGGGUGCAUCAUGGCUGAGCAUCUGUCCCAGAGUGAGCUGGACUACCCAUUCAAACUUCUGGAGUAUUUUAACGGCUUCAGGGUCUCCAAGGUGAUCUUUUCAGCCUGUGAGCUGGGAGUGUUCGACCUCCUGCUGAAGUCCCAGGAGCCGCUGAGCGCCCGCCAUGUGGCCCGGGAGCUGAGCAGCAGCGUGGACGGGAUGGAGAGGCUGCUGGACGCACUGGUGGGCAUCGAGAUCCUGGAGGUGGAGAAGACAGACGGGACAGGUGAGGAGGAGGAGGAGGAGGAGGAGGAGACCAGUAGUGCUCUGUACAGCAGCAGUGACGUGGCCAAUCUGUACCUGGCCAAAGGCAGCGCCAAGUCUCUUUACGACAUGAUCAUCUACCAAUCACAGACCAUCUACCCGCUGUGGAACAACAUGGUGGACGCCGUCAGGGAGGGGAAGAACCAGAACGAGAAGACCUUCGGGCUUCCACCAGAGGAGGUGUUCCAGGCGAUUUACAGAUCAGACGAGGAGAUGCUGAAGUUUAUGGGUCUGAUGAACUCCUCGUGGGUUCUGGACGGACACGACAUAGCGACGGCGUUCAACCUCUCCUGUUUUGAGAACAUCGUAGACCUCGGAGGAUGCACUGGGGCUCUGGCCCGCGAGAUGGCGAAGGCGUAUCCGUCCUCCUCCGUCACCGUGUUCGACCUCCCGCAGGUCGUGGAAGCGGCUCAGACACAUUUCUGUCAAGAGAACGACGCCGUUGUGUUUCAAACCGGAGAUUUCUUCAGCGGUGAAAUCCCUCCUGCUGACCUGUACGUGCUCGCCAGGAUCAUUCACGACUGGCCUGAAGAGAAGUGUCUGACGCUGCUCAAGAAGAUCUUUGACACCUGCAAACCAGGCGGCGGGGUCCUGCUGGUGGAGGCCAUGCUGUUCGAGAACAGACGAGGGCCCGUCAUGGCUCAGAUCUUCUCCCUCAACAUGUUGGUGCAGGCGGAGGGCCGGGAGCGACCGCCGUCCGAGUACACGCACAUGCUCACCAAAACGGGCUUCCACAACGUCCAGGUGUGCCGCACCGGAAAGUCCUACGACGCCAUCUUAGCCACCAGAUGAGCGCAGACCGAGACCAGGAUGUCGAGACGGGAAUCCCUUAAAUCUUUGAAGGCGAAGAACUUUGAAAAAGGCCUUGAAAAAGUUUAGAGGUGGACUAGUUUACACUCUGAAAAACAAAAAAAAAUCAGUUCCCAGUCUCCGUUAAUGUUGUCGUCAGCUCCCUGGAGAUUUUCAGUUUUUCUGAUUAGAGGCCAACCUUCAUUUAUCAAAGAUCACACAAAAUAUAAAACUCUCUCCAACAAAGUUGCUGCUAGAAUAAAUGUUAUUUUAUUAACCCUUUCAGUUAUAAAAAAUACUGUAAACAAAUGUUUUCAUCUUUGUUUAGAAAAUGCUGCUUCAGAAAAAGUCAAACUAUUUCAAAGAGAAGUUUGUGCAGUAAAUUAUGCAGAGCUGAGAACAAGAAGUAAAAGUUAUUAACACUUCAGCCAGGAGCCAGUUAGCUUAGCACAAAAGCUAGAAACAAACAAUUCAUAAGCACGUCCAAUUCUCACAGGAGUUCAUUGGAUAUCGUGAUCUACAGCGUUUGAUUUAAAGUUUUUAUGGUUAUGAAACAGACUGAAAUGAAUCCUGACGCCUCUUCAUGAGCUACAAAAGCAAACCAGACCUUUACAACUAAGAUUUUAAAUAUCUGUAUAUUUAUUUGACAUGCCUGUAACCUCUGCCUCAGGGUAGAUGUCAGACGAGACGAUGAUUAGCUUGCUGCAGAAACAGCUUCAACAACUUUUACCCAUGCCAAAUAUUCAUUGUAAGAUGCAGGUUAACUCUACGACUCCAGACUAAUUUAGAACACAUUUUUGAGUCUUAUGACUCAUUUUGAAGUAGGGCCAGAUUUCAGCCUAAUCGUGCGUUGCUAGUCACUGAGUUGGGGUGCUGGUGGACUAGUGGUUAGUUUGUGCAUCCAGUGUACAGAGGUGGGAGGCCCGGGUCGAAUCCAACAUGAGGCUUGUAUCCUGCAUGUCAUUCCUCACUCUCUCUCUCUCUCCCUGAUUUCUGACUCUCUCUCCCUUCCUAUCUCUAUAACUAAAGCAUAAAAAAAACCCAAAUAACUCUGAAAAAUUCUGAAGUUUGAGCUGGAAACACGAGCUGUGUGUGACUGUGUGUGACUGUGUGUGAGUGUGUGUGACUGUGUGACUGUGUGACUGUGUGUGACU